AUGCCUAGAGGAAGAAAGCGACCUCAUCCAGGGAAUCCAGCCGCCAUCGCAUCAAAUGUUGAGAUAUCACAAGAUCCGCCUUCUACUGCCCCAACUCCAACCCCUUGGAACCGUACUCAAUCUAUCAAGAAUUCACAACCAAAAGACCAAGAUUUGGAGGCAAGCACUGAACUAAGGAUGGUAAUUGGGCCAGGUGUCCAACGGUCCGCCCGAACCCGACCGGGUUUGGGCCGGGUUCGGGCCAAGCUUUUUAUAGAAUUUUUUACUUAUGCCCGGCCCGAGACGACCCGAUUAAAGGUCGGGUCUACUCGGGCUGCCCGUCGGGCCGGUCCGAGUGGACCUGACCAAGCGCCAGGACCCCUCAGAGCUGAGCUUAUCCCAAGGUCUAAAGAAUGUCGACCAGUACCCGUUUGGCGGUACCCGGCACCCGUUGGAGGGUACCGCCGGCACCCGCCCCGCACCCGCCAGGCGUUGCCGGAUGCGGUGCCGUGUGCCCAUUUUUUGGAGAAAAGCGGUGCGGUACCCGGGUACCGCCCCAAAGUACCGCCUGCCCCCCGGAGGUGA